AUGGGCAAAUAUAAAGAGAAAAAGGAGAAAAAGGAAAAAAAGGAAAAAAAGGAAAAAAAGGAAGAACAAGAAAACAUUCCUUUAAAUAUUAUUGAAAGGAGUGAUCCUUCUGAAGACUAUAAAAGACCUGAAUUAUUGCAAAAAGCAAUUGAAGAGAUUCAAGCCGAAAUUGCUGAAAAAGAAACAGAGAGUAAUGACGCUGAAGUUGAAGAAUCAAGUUCAGAAGAUUCCGAUGAAGAAGAAGAUGAUGACGCUCAACUGUUGACCCCCGCUGUUGAUUCUCAAAUUUUCCGUACCAUUGCUGCAAUCAGAAAUAAGGAUCCUCGUGUAUAUGAAAAAGAUGUCAAUUUUUUUGAUGAUGCUACCUUUGAAAAGACAGUCAGCAGCGAAAAAAAGGAACGCCCUGUUACCCUUAAAGAUUAUGAACGUGAUAUGCUACUUAAACAUGGUGGUUUUAUAGAUGAAUCAGAAGAGCUUAAGAAGACAGUAAAGACACAUGAACAAGAACAAGAAGAAUUAAAGAAUGCUUUCAAAGCAGCUGCUGAAGAAGAAGAAGAUGAUGAAGAUGAUGAUGACGAUGAUGGAUUCUUAACCAAGAAGAUUAAAACGGAUAAAGAAAAAGAAGAGGAAGAAAAUGAAUAUCAUAAAUUCUUAUUAGAACAUAUGAAGGAUGAUGAAGUCUCUAAAAAGACCUUUGAAGAAUGGAGUAAUUACAAAGAUAACCCUAAUAUUGAUCCAGAUGAUGCCUUUUUAAUAAACUAUGUCUUAAAUCGUGGCUGGGUAGAUAAAGCUGGAAACAAGACAGAUGCAGACUAUUUGGAGGAUAUUGAUAAAGAUAAGGAUGAAGAAUAUUUGGAUGACGUAGAUAGAUUUGAAAGCAAAUAUAAUUUUCGAUUUGAAGAAGAAGGUUCUUCAACUAUUCAAACAUAUGCUCGUGAAAUAGAAGGUACUGUACGUCGUAAAGAAAGUAAAAGAGCAAGAAGAAGAGCAAAACAAAAGGCACAUAAAGAAGCUUUAAAGGCACAAAAGAUGGAAGAAUUAAAACAACAAAAGAACAAGAAGAUGAAAGAAAUCCAUGAAAAACUCAAGGAACUUCGUGAUAUUACAGGCAUCAAUGCUUCUGGUUUAGAGGGCAUUGAUUUAGAUGCUGACUUUGACCCUGCUAUGUUUGAUGCACAAAUGAACAGUGUCUUUAACGAUGACUACUAUGAACAAGGAGAAGCGGAUGCUCUUGUAAAACCUGUAUGGAAUGAUGAUAUCAUGGAUGCAGAUUAUCUUCCAGACCAUGAAAAUCAAGAAGGAGAAGCUACUCCAGUACCAUCAAAUGAGAUUCAAGAAAAAAAGGAGAAAUUCCAAAAGCUAAUGGAUGAAUAUUAUUCACUUAACUAUGAAGAUGUGAUUGGUGGUGAUGUAUUUACUAGAUUUAAAUAUACAAAGACUGAACCAGAAGAUUAUGGUUUAACAGCUGAAGAAAUCUUAUUAGCAGAUGAUGCUGUAUUAAACAAAUAUGUUGGUAUAAAACAACUUGCGCCGUAA